CGCCGGCUACCCUGCCGCGCGGUGGCUGCUGGGUGCCGCACGCUUUACCUUCCUUCGCCUCUCCACACCCCCCCCCUCCCCCGCCCCCACGGCCGCUCCGCGCUCUGGCGUGACUCGGCACGGAGAGUCCCGGGAGUAGACGCCGCGGUCGCAGCCUCUUCUGUCCAGGCCUUGGCCUUCCUGAGGGUCUCUGCUUCCUCUCCCAGGUCAUCUUCUUCAGUUUCGAAACCGGUGGCGUCGCGGCCACCCUGCCGGGUUCUCUGUGAGGAUGGUAGGGGUGAAGCCGGUCGGGAGCGAUCCGGAUUUCCAGCCAGAGCUGAGCGGCGCGGGCUCCAGACUCGCCGUGGUCAAAUUCACCAUGAGAGGGUGCGGGCCAUGUUUGAGGAUUGCCCCAGCAUUCAGUUCUAUGAGUAAUAAAUAUCCACAGGCUGUUUUCUUGGAAGUCGAUGUACAUCAGUGUCAGGGAACAGCUGCCACCAACAAUAUAUCAGCAACACCUACAUUUUUGUUUUUUCGAAACAAAGUGAGAAUUGAUCAGUAUCAAGGAGCAGAUGCUGUGGGAUUAGAAGAAAAAAUCAAGCAGCACUUAGAAAAUGACCCUGGAAGCAAUGAAGACACAGAUAUUCCAAAAGGCUAUAUGGAUUUAAUGCCUUUUAUUAACAAAGCUGGUUGUGAAUGUCUUAAUGAAAGUGAUGAGCAUGGAUUUGACAACUGUUUACGAAAAGACACGACCUUCUUGGAAUCUGACUGUGAUGAACAGCUGCUUAUUACUGUGGCAUUCAAUCAACCUGUUAAGCUUUAUUCCAUGAAAUUUCAAGGACCAGAUAAUGGUCAGGGUCCUAAAUAUGUAAAAAUUUUUAUCAACCUACCCCGAUCUAUGGAUUUUGAAGAGGCAGAAAGAAGUGAACCAACUCAAGCUCUGGAACUGACAGAGGAUGAUAUUAAAGAAGAUGGCAUUGUUCCACUUCGUUAUGUUAAGUUUCAGAAUGUUAACAGUGUAACUAUAUUUGUUCAGUCCAAUCAAGGUGAAGAGGAAACAACAAGAAUUUCAUAUUUUACUUUUAUUGGUACUCCAGUCCAGGCAACAAACAUGAAUGACUUCAAACGAAGACAGGGUCUUGUUCUGUCAUCCAUACUGGAGUACAGAGGCCCAGUUAUGGCUCACUUUAACCUCAAACUCCUGGGCUCAAUUGAUCUUCCCACCUCAGCCUCCUGAGUAGCUGGGACUACAGCUUUUUUAAUCCAACUCAAAUGAACUAAAAACAGAAGAUAUUUUAAAAUGAAGUAAUAUAAAGAUUGACCUUGUCUCACUCUACUCCCCUCCUUGCUUCUCUGCUCAUCUAGCACCUGUCUGCUCUCACCCUUCCCAUGUUCUCGCCAUUGUUGGUGCAAGAUUUCUACAGCUUCUAUCAUCUGGAUCAGCCUUGUUACCUUAGGUUUCCUCAACCAUCUCUUUCUUCAGAUCUCAUCCUAGUCAUGUUUCUCAGUUGGCCUUUUAUUUUGUUUGGCUUUUGUUUUGGGCUUGCAACUAGGUGCUAUAAUUUUAUUACCAUACCAUGUUGCUCACUAGCCUAUUUUUUUUUUUUACUUUCUACCAUUUCAUAUUUAAUUUUGUACUACAUUUUGAGACGUAAUAUCACAAUAAACUUAAAUUGGUAUGAAUGGUUUUAGAUUUAACUAGUUGUUGAAUAACAUUUUAAUCCAUUCUAAACUUUAAAUUUUAUUUUCUAGGAACUAUAGAAUUCUUCUGGAAAUGAAAUAUGGCAGUUUCAUCAAGUUCUUUUAUGUUUGUGCUAGUUUAGUAUAUUGAUUACAUUUCAGUUGAGGGCUGUUGGUUUUCUUUUCCUCUUUGAACGUUAGCCCCAUAAUCCUUCUGAUGAUUGAUUGGGGCAUGUCCUCUGCUUUUACCUACCCGAGUGAGCUCAAGACCAGUUGAAGGACUUAUGGACUGAAUAUUAGGCUGGGUUAACAUAUUAAUAUAGAAGAUCAAUGGAUUCUUUACUGAAUAAAUAUUUUCUUACACAUAAUUAUGUACCUAGAUUUUGGUUUGUCUAAGGUGUAAUAUAAAGACUUGAGAAUGAAUAAAAAGAGCUUUGCGUUUGGGAUGACAA